GUAGGUGGCAGCUAUCAUAUGGAGAAGGAAGGACUGAAAAGAUGCCUAGAUCAUCUGGAGUCGAAUGGAUUGAAGGUGGAUUACAUUGUGACAGACCGUCAUCCACAGAUCCAGAAAUUUCUGAGGGAACGCAGCGUAACUCAGUUCUAUGACGUUUGGCCCUUUGAGAAAGGUUUGUCCAAGAAACUUGAGAAAGCUUCGCACAAUGAAGACUGUGAUGUUCUGAAGAAGUGGCUACAGAGCAUCAAAAACCAUGUCUACUGGUGUGCCACGUCAUCAAGCACUGGACCAGAAAAGGUGGCAAAAUGGACAUCACUGCUAAACCACCUACAAAAUGUUCAUGUUCAUGAAGACCCCCUUUUCCCCAAAUGUCUGCAUCCCGACCACGUCUCAAGGGACCCUAGCAAAUGGUUACAACCUGGAUCAGUUGCACUUCACAAAGCUGAGAAAAUACUGCUCAACAAGAGAGUCCUGAAGGAUGUAGAGAAACUCAGCCACCAUCACCAGACCUCAUCGCUAGAGUCCUUCCACAGCCUGAUACUACGUUUUGCACCAAAGAAUGUAGUCCCCUUCAUGGGAAUGUUGUGCAGGUUGUAUCUAGCAGCAAUGCACCACAAUGAAAAUGCUAUGCGGGAGCAAGCCACAACAUCUACAGGACAGGCCGUUUUCAAGGUUGUUUUUCCAAAGGCGAAGAGGGGGGAAGGCAUUGUGAAGCCCGUGAAAACAAAUCCAACCUUCAACUAUGUACGUGAACUCAUGAGGCUGCUCAUGCAGGAAGUUUUUGAGGACCCUACAUCUUUUGCAGAGGAAUUGAAGACCAUCCCCAUCCCUCCAGACCUCUCAGCAGAAUUCCCGAAAACUCCAAAGGCUGAGCUGGUUGCCCGUCACGUCUCCCGCUUCAAUCAAUAG